GUUAACUGCCACACCUCCCAUUUCCAAAUUUGUUUGUUUCUUUCUUUUCAUGACCUAUCUAGCUUCCUCUCCUUUGGUUUUCCUGUGUUUCCUUCAUCCCCAAGGAAACCCGGAACCAGCGCUGGGUUUCUCUUUGGAUCAUCUCUUUUGCUUUCCCGCAGAUUCUUGAUCUCUAAAAGCUCAAAAUGGCACCCACUCUGCAUCCGAUAAUACUUUGUAUUGCAUGUUUAGGAUUCUUCACGUCCCAUGUUCUUGCAAAAACAGAUAGCCAAGAUGUUUCGGCUCUUAAUGACGCUUAUAAGAGCAUGAACUCUCCUUCAAAACUCAAUGGCUGGUCUUCGAGUGGAGGUGAUCCUUGUGGUGACUCAUGGGAUGGCAUUACUUGCAAGGGCUCUUCUGUUACUGAAAUAAAGGUGUCAGGACGUGGACUCAGUGGAUCUUUAGGUUACCAGCUUGCAAACUUGAAAUCACUCACUUACCUUGAUGUAAGCAAGAACAAUCUUAACGGAAACUUACCUUACCAGCUUCCUGAGAAUCUUGUUUAUCUAGAUGGCUCUGAGAAUGACUUCAACGGUAAUGUGCCAUACUCUGUGUCUCUCAUGAACGACCUCACUUACCUAAACUUUGGUCGUAACAACCUCAAUGGUGAACUUAGUGACAUGUUUCAAAAGCUUCCAAAACUUGAAACAAUUGAUCUGUCUUCUAAUCAACUCACAGGAAAGCUACCACAGAGUUUUGCUAACCUAACAGGACUUAAAACAAUUCAUUUGCAAGACAAUCAAUUUAAAGGCUCUAUAAAUUCACUCAGGGACCUUCCUCAAAUCGAUGAUGUAAACGUUGCAAACAAUCAGUUUACUGGUUGGAUCCCAAACGAGCUGAAGAACAUUGGAAACCUUGAGACUGGAGGAAACCGUUGGUCAAGCAGUAGACCUCCCUCACCACCUCCAGGGACUCGCCGCGUAGACAGAAACUCAGGAGGCGUUGGAUUAAGCAACAAGGCUCUAACCACAGGUCUUAUAGUAGCAGCAUCCACUAUAGGUGGACUCAUUUUCACAGCAGGAGUGAUUGCAUUAUUCGCUAGAAGAAAGAACUUUCAUCACUCUUCUCACUUUUUCGACGAAGAGAAAGGAGGAACCAACAGAAGCAAACCGCUCUUCACACCACAGCCCUCUCAGGUGCUUCAGUACGACUCUAUGGAUGACUUCAAAGGCCAAAAGACAGUAGAUUCCAAUGCUUCAACUGAGACAAAACCUUCUUCUGUUAGAAGAACAUCAUCAGUCAGUUUCAAGAACUCUCCCACUUUUCAUCUCAUACCUUCUUCAACACCAGUGGCUGCAACCUCUGGUCGUUUCUCUAGCCUUGAAGACUCUCCUGACACGCGCGGUGUCAAAGCGUUUACGCUUGUGGAGCUGCAGAACUCUGCUUCUGGCUUCUCCCCUAAUCGCCUUAUUGGUGAAGGAACUCUUGGACGUGUGUAUAAAGCUAAAUAUGAAGAUGGAAGGAAGUAUGCAGUGAAAGAGAUUGAUUCUUCACUGUUAGGGAAAAGGAAUGUGGAAGAUUUUUCACACAUAGUGUCCAACAUCUCCAGCAUUCACCACCCUAACAUGGCUGAGCUUGUUGGUUAUUGUUCAGAACAAGGAAGGAACAUGCUUGUUUAUGAGUAUUUCACUAGUGGGUCACUUAACAGGUUCCUUCACCAGACCGAUGAUUUCAGCAGACCGUUAACUUGGAACACAAGAAUCCGAAUCGCUCUCGGAACUGCUCAAGCUAUAGAGUACCUUCAUGAAGUGUGUUCGCCUCCAUUAGUUCACAAGAACAUCAAGUCAUCAAACAUUUUACUUGACAGUGAGCUAACUCCUCACCUCUCAGACUAUGGCUUGGCAAACUUUCACCAUCGCACAAGUCAGAACCUUGGAGUUGGAUACAAUGCUCCAGAAUGCACAGAUCCUUCAGCUUACACAUUAAAGAGUGAUGUCUACAGCUUUGGUGUGGUGAUGCUGGAGCUGCUAACCGGUCGAAGGCCUUAUGACAGUGAAAGGCCCAAAGCAGAACAGUCACUAGUUCGUUGGGCAAAGCCGCAGCUUAAAGAGAUGGACACUCUGGAGGAGAUGGUUGAUCCGUCCUUGUGUGGACUCUAUGUUCCAGAAUCUGUCUCGGCAUUUGCGGAUAUAGUUUCCAUCUGCGUAAUGUCGGAGCCUGGACUUAGGCCACCAGUGUCAAACGUGGUGGAGGCGUUGAAGAGGCUAGUAUAGUCUAGUGCCUCAAGUUGUGUAUGUCACGGAUAAGAAGAAGAAGAAUAACUGUUUGGGAGAAUGAGGCUAAAACCUAAGAAACUUCUGAUCAAACUUGAGCUCAAGAAGCUAUUGGAUUUAGGUUUGUAUAGAGUGAAAGGUGGUAUAAAAAUGGUGGAGGAAAAGAUAGAGACAGAGAUUGUAUUAUUCAGUUUUAUGUUUUGUUUUGUUUCAGGUCAUGAUUGUCUAACAUUUAGGUUAAUCUUUUAUACAUUUGAGGAGAAGUAAAAGAAAAAACG